GGGACCUCAGCAACACUGCCAUGGGGGGCCCUGCAGGGCAAGGCUCGAUGCGAAACCGCACAGUGCUGGGAGUCUUCUUCGGCUACCACGUGCUCUCAGACCUGGUGAGUGUGGAGAGACCUGGCUGCCCCUCCGAGUUCCUCAACAUCCGCAUCCCACCCGGAGACCCAGUGUUCGAUCCCCAGGAGCGCGGGGACGUGGUGCUGCCCUUCCAGAGGAGCCGCUGGGACCCCAAGACGGGACAGAGCCCCAGCAACCCCCGGGACCUGACCAACGAGGUGACCGGCUGGCUGGACGGCAGCGCCAUCUAUGGCUCCUCGCACUCCUGGAGCGACGCGCUGCGGAGCUUCUCCGGGGGAGAGCUGGCGGCGGGGCCCGACCCCGCCUUCCCCCGCGACGCGCAGCAGCCCCUGCUCAUGUGGACCCCGCCAGACCCCGCGACCGGGCAGCGCGGCUCCCGGGGACUGUACGCCUUCGGGGCCGAGCGAGGGAACCGGGAGCCCUUCCUGCAGGCGCUGGGCCUGCUCUGGUUCCGCUACCACAACCUGUGGGCGCAGAGGCUGGCCCGCGAGCACCCGCGCUGGGGGGACGAGGAGCUGUUCCAGCACGCGCGCAAGAGGGUCAUCGCCACCUACCAGAACAUCGCUCUGUAUGAGUGGCUGCCCAGCUUCCUGCACAAAACGCCCCCGAAGUAUGCAGGAUACCGCCCUUUCCUGGACCCCAGCAUCUCUCCCGAGUUCCUGGCGGCCUCUGAGCAGUUUCUCUCCACCAUGGUGCCCCCUGGCGUCUACAUGAGAAAUGCCAGCUGCCACUUCCAGGGGGUCAUCAAUUGGAACUCAAAUGCUUCCAGAGCUCUCCGGGUCUGCAACAGCUACUGGAGCCGAGAGCACCCCAGCCUACGAAGUGCUGAAGAUGUGGACGCCCUGCUGCUGGGCAUGGCCUCCCAGAUUGCCGAGCGAGAGGACCAUGUGGUGGUUGAGGACCUGCGAGAUUUCUGGCCUGGGCCAUUGAAGUUUUCCCGCACAGACUACCUGGCCAGCUGCCUGCAGCGAGGCCGGGAUCUGGGCCUACCUUCUUACACCAAGGCCAGGGUAGCGCUGGGCCUUCCUCCCAUCGCCCGCUGGCAGGACAUCAACCCCGCACUCUCCAGGAGUGAUGGCACUGUGCUGGAGGCCACAGCCGCCCUUUACAACCAGGACCUGUCCCGGCUGGAGCUGCUCCCUGGAGGCCUCCUGGAGAGCCACGGUGACCCUGGACCCCUCUUCAGUGCCAUUGUCCUCGAUCAGUUUGUGCGGCUACGGGAUGGAGACCGCUACUGGUUUGAGAAUACCAGGAAUGGGCUAUUCUCUGAAGAAGAGAUUGCAGAGAUCAGAAACACUUCCCUACGGGACGUUCUAGUGGCCAUCAGCAAUCUGAAGCCCAGUGCCUUGCAGCCCAAUGUCUUUUUCUGGCAUGUGGGAGACCCCUGUCCACAGCCAAGACAACUCAGCACCGAGGGCUUGCCUCCCUGUACUCCCCCGGUUGUUCGAGACUAUUUUGAGGGCAGUGGCUUUGGCUUCGGGGUCACCAUUGGGACCCUCUGCUGCUUCCCCCUGGUCAGCCUGCUCAGUGCCUGGAUUGUCGCUCGGCUCCGGGUGAGGAGUUUCAAGAGGCUCCAGGGCCAGGACCGCCGGAGUAUCAUGUCAGAGAAGCUUGUCGGGGGUGUGGAAGCCUUGGAAUGGCAGGGCUGGAAGGAGCCCUGCCGUCCCGUGCUCGUGCACCUGCAGCCCGGGCAGAUCCACGUGGUAGAUGGCAGGCUCUCCAUGCUCCGCGCCAUCCAGCUGAGGCCCCCCCAACAGGUCAACCUCAUCCUGUCCAGCAACCGCGGACGCCAUGCCCUGAUGCUUAAGAUCCCCAAGGAGUAUGACCUGGUGCUACUAUUUAACCUGGAGGAAGAGCGGCAGGCACUGGUAGAAAACCUUCGGGAGGCCCUGAAGGAGAAUGGGCUGAGUUUCCAGGAGUGGGAGAUGCGAGAGCAGGAGCUGAUGAGGGUAGCAGUGACGAGGGAGCAGCGGAGCCACCUCCUGGAGACCUUUUUCAGGCACCUCUUCUCCCAGGUGCUGGACAUUAGCCAGGCAGAUGCAGGGACCCUGCCCUUGGACUCCUCGCAGAAGGUGCGGGAGGCCCUGUCGUGUGAGCUGAGCAGGGCCGAGUUUGCUGAGUCCCUGGGCCUGAAGCCCCAGGACAUGUUUGUGGAGUCCAUGUUCUCUCUGGCUGACAAGGAUGGCAACGGCUACCUGUCCUUCCGGGAGUUCCUGGACAUCCUGCUGGUCUUCAUGAAAGGCACCCCUGAGGAGAAGUCUCGCCUUAUGUUCCGCAUGUAUGACUUCGACAGGAAUGGUCUCAUUUCCAAGGACGAGUUUAUCAGGAUGCUGAGGUCCUUCAUUGAGAUCUCCAACAACUGCUUGUCCAAGGAUCAGCUGGCCGAGGUGGUGGAGUCCAUGUUCCGGGAGUCUGGCUUCCAGGACAAGGAGGAGCUGACGUGGGAGGACUUCCACUUCAUGCUGCGGGACCACGACAGUGAGCUCCGCUUCACACAGCUGUGUGUCAAAGGAGUGGAAGUGCCUGAAGUCAUCAAGAACCUCUGCCGGCGAGCCUCUUACAUCAGCCAGGAGAAGAUCUGUCCCUCUCCCAGAAUGACUGCCCGCUGUCCCGGAAGAGACCUCGAGGCCGAGCUGAGACUGCAGUGCCCCAUGGACACAGACCCUCCCCAGGAAAUUCGUCGGAGGUUCGGGAAGAAGGUAACGUCGUUCCAGCCCCUGCUCUUCACCGAGGCGCACCGAGAGAAGUUCCAGCGCAGCCGCCGCCACCAGACAGUGCAGCACUUGAAGCGCUUCAUUGAGAACUACCGGCGCCACAUCGGCUGCCUGGCUGUGUUCUACGCCAUCGCCGGGGGGCUUUUCCUGGAGCGCGCCUACUACUAUGCCUUCGCUGCGCACCACGUGGGCAUCACGGACACCACUCGCGUGGGCAUCAUCCUGUCGAGGGGCACGGCGGCCAGCAUCUCCUUCAUGUUCUCCUACAUCCUGCUCACCAUGUGCCGCAACCUCAUCACCUUCCUGCGAGAGACCUUCCUCAACCGCUACGUGCCCUUCGAUGCCGCCGUGGACUUCCAUCGCCUCAUCGCUUCCACUGCCCUCGUCCUCACAGUCUUACACAGUGCGGGUCACGUGGUGAAUGUGUACCUGUUCUCCAUCAGCCCACUCAGCGUCCUGUCCUGCCUCUUUCCUGGCCUCUUCCAUGAUGAUGGGUCUGAGUUCCCCCAGAAGUAUUACUGGUGGUUCUUCCAGACUGUUCCAGGGCUCACGGGGGUCAUGCUGCUCCUGGUGCUGGCCAUCAUGUAUGUCUUCGCCUCCCACCACUUCCGCCGCUGCAGUUUCCGGGGCUUCUGGCUGACCCACCACCUCUAUAUCCUGCUCUACAUCCUGCUCAUCAUCCAUGGCAGCUUCGCCCUGAUCCAGCUGCCCCGUUUCCACAUCUUCUUCCUGGUCCCAGCACUAAUCUAUGUGGGAGACAAGCUGGUGAGCCUGAGCCGGAAGAAGGUGGAGAUAAGCGUGGUGAAAGCAGAGCUGCUGCCAUCAGGAGUGACCCACCUGCGGUUCCAGCGGCCUCAAGGCUUUGAGUACAAGUCGGGGCAGUGGGUGCGGAUCGCCUGCCUGGCUCUGGGGACCACCGAGUACCACCCUUUCACACUGACCUCUGCACCCCAUGAGGACACGCUCAGCCUGCACAUCCGGGCGGCAGGACCCUGGACCACUCGCCUCAGGGAGAUCUACUCACCCCCGACGGGCGACGGCUGUACCCGAUACCCAAAGCUGUAUCUUGAUGGACCAUUUGGAGAGGGCCAUCAGGAGUGGCAUAAGUUUGAAGUGUCAGUGCUGGUGGGAGGGGGCAUUGGGGUCACCCCCUUUGCCUCCAUCCUGAAGGACCUGGUGUUCAAGUCAUCAGUCAGUUGCCAAGUGUUCUGUAAGAAGAUCUACUUCAUCUGGGUGACGCGGACGCAGCGGCAGUUCGAGUGGCUGGCUGACAUCAUCCGGGAGGUGGAGGAGAAUGACCACCAUGACCUGGUGUCUGUUCAUAUCUACAUCACGCAGCUGGCUGAGAAGUUUGACCUCAGGACCACAAUGCUGUACAUCUGUGAGAGGCACUUCCAGAAGGUUCUGAACCGGAGUUUGUUCACGGGCCUGCGCUCUGUCACCCAUUUUGGCCGCCCCCCUUUUGAACCCUUCUUCAACUCUCUGCAGGAGGUUCACCCACAGGUCCAGAAGAUUGGAGUGUUCAGCUGCGGGCCCCCUGGCAUGACCAAGAAUGUGGAAAAGGCCUGUCAGCUCAUCAACAAGCAGGACCGGACUCAUUUCUCCCACCAUUAUGAAAACUUCUAGGCCCCCUGCCCAGGGUCUCUGCCCACUGUACAGCUGAGGAGAGGUUUGGGUCCCUCGCCUCUAGGCUUCCUGCUUCUAGCAGCCUCAGCCUUCUCCCCUUCCCACCUCCCAACCUGGAUUUAAGUGGCUGUGGUCACAUUUGGGCUCAGGGGCCCCUAGGCCCAGAACGUGUCUCAGCUUGGAGAAGUGGAGGGAAUGGGGAUGUGAGGAGGGGGUCACUGCUUGGGGACUAGAGGUUGGGAGGUAGGAGAACCAUUGCUUUGUGGCAAACUGAAACCUCUUCUGCCAAGCUGAAAGUCUGGUGGUGUGUGUGUGUGUAGGGGGCUGUGAGCAAAAGGCUGGAUGGGAGCAUGGAUGCUGGCAUCUUAGAAUCCCUCCAAAACCUCCCCCUCUGAUGGGCUCCCCACUUUCAAAAGGGCUGGAAAAUGCCUCAGAGGGGGUAGAGGCUGGACCCACCAUGAUUUAUAGAAAUUUCCUCGGCCCUCCAGUCUAAAGGCUCAGUCGAUCUUCUUUCCCAAGUUUUUAAACAUACAGUAGUCAGACCCUAGCCCAGGACCUAUCUGUGCAGUGCUCUGGUCCUUUUCUCCCCUCUCUGCUCCAAUAGUUCUCUUUACAAAUAAAUUACUUUUCUGCCUUCUGGGUUUCUUUAUUCUGCCCUGGGUGGGGUGGGGUACCAGCAGAGGAAGCCACUCACUCAGCCAUCUUACUGAGGCUGGUCCAGACAUUCUGAGCCUGCAGAGCGCCUACUGAAUAAAGAA